AUGGUGAACACUGUUCGGCCCGACGAACGGUCCGUCAUGACUUACGUGGCCGCCUACUACCAUGCGUUUGCAAAUUCGGCAAAUACCGAGUCUGCCGCUAGUCGUAUUGCCAAAGUGCUGAAGUCCAACCAGGACACGGAGAAACUGAUGGCCGAAUACGCUAAAAUUGCCUCCGAUCUCCUGGAGUGGAUCCAAAAGCAGACGCCUUUCCUUGCUCCCAGCACCAUAGGACGUCAGUGUGGUGCUUCCACGCACAAUUAUCAUUAUUUCCUGUCAACCAUGCCAGAAUCC